GAGGAGCCUGCUGGCUCAGUUGAUGGCUAGGCUUAGGGCUGGAGGAGAAAGGUUGGAACAGCUGUUGCAAUGUUAUAGGGUGAUGCGUGACUGUAUAGCCAGCUCCUGGUCCAGACCAUUGGUCUCAUCAGUGCAGUGAUAAGUGCCACAGAUCCAUGCAUGCAUCCAGCAUCUGAAAACCAUCCAAAACAUUUUUCCCUUUCCCUGUUGCUGUGCUGCCCUAUGCCCAAGACAACAUGGAGAGUGAAUGAGAAAAGAAAGCAACAACUGGUAAACGGCUAUCAGAUGGCAAACUGAAGUGAAUUGCUGAGUUGUUAGGAUCGGGAACGUUACCUGUAGCCAGAUGAGGGGAAGGUUCUGGCAGAGAAGCCAUGGGGUGUUUGAAGUGGGCCAGGUGGUUAUGACCCUCCUAGGUGUUUGUGAGCCCUGGAGUGAAAGCUGAGAUUGUACAUAAAGCAAUGGAUUAAGCCUGCAUCUGCCAGAGAGGUGACUUGCCCUGACAAGAAGGUGAGUGUGCAUUUCAGACUGUCGCUGCCUUUUUGGGGACGUUAGUAAUUUAAGUGUUGGGUGCUGCUAGAUAAGGUGCACACUGACCAUGCCCCCCACCCCUUGCUGUUCUAGGCUACACAGGUUUGUAUCCUGCCCCCAUCCUUGUAGUCUGAGUGCUUUCCAGUCUUGCUUCAUGUGGUCUAAUGGACAUCUGUCAGCUGGUUUGUUUCCACUGGUCCUUGUUUCAGGAUGUACGGAGAACCGUGGCCUGACCAGGCAGACGUCACCCGCUGUGGCAGUCCUUCCUUGCUCAUGUCUGAAAGGGCUUCCUGGAGGGACCGGCUCCUCUGUCCUCGAAUCCACCUUCAGGACAACGUAAGCUUUGGCAACCACCACCCCAGCCAGGGCCUGCCGCCUCGUUGCCAAAGCAGCUGCCCACCGGGCAGCCCUUUAUCCCCAACGCUGGCCACAGACCCGUGCACCUUGGAGAAGGCUUCAGUGCCCCCUUCCAAGCGGCACUGCCGCUCACUCUCGGUUCCUGAGGAUCUCUCCCACUGGCAGCCCCGCUGGAGGCCACUCGGCUCCAAAGUGUGGACUGCUGUGAAGCAGCGAGGCAGUGGCAGAGGGGAGGCGCUGGAAGAGCCGUGCCGCAGGCAGCCCCCUGGAGCCUGCAGUCUCAGGCUUGACCAAGCCCCCUCUAGCCCUCCCCAGCGUGUCCAAGGCGGUGGUGGCCACAGCCCCCCCUUCUUCAGCUUGGCCCUGUCCCGGGAGUCCCCAGUUGGCACUGCUUGGGAGAGCGGAGAAGCCUUGCAGUCCUUCUCCCUGCAACGGCGCUUCUCCUUGUCGCCCCGGAGCUCUGCCUGCUCCACACCCGAGCCGCUCCCGCACCAGUGCAGCCUCCCGCGCAGCCGCUCGCAGCCCUGCGACCUGGACGCCAAGAAGAGCGGCCUCAAGCGGCGCCACGAUGAGCACAUGAGCUGGCACCGGCCCUCGCUCGACUUUGACAAGAUGAACCAGGUAGAGGAGGGCAGGUGCUGGGGCCGGGCUCCGAGCAUCGGGGAAGGGCGGCCCAGCCCAGCAGGGCCGGGCCGGAGCUGCUGGGACUGA